CAAUCAUGUAGAUAAAUCGAAUAAAGUUUAGUGAAUUGAUGUUCCGUUACAAGGAUUCCAAGAAGCACCUCAUGAACGCAAAUGUUGAUUCUUUAUUUGCUCUUUUUCUAAUUGGCUAGGUCCUACUGAGUGCAAAAAACAAAGGAGACGUGGCAAUUAUAAUUGUUAUGUAUCCUGAUCUCCUUAUCCCUCUUUCUUCUUUCGUAUCCAACUCUUGCAUUACAUGGAAUAUCUCAAUACAGCUUCUAAGAGUAUAUCAAUUCACAAUGCUGUCCAGCUCACUGGAUUGAUUCAGCAUAGACUGACGGAUAUCUAUAAGCGGUCAACUAAGAACGAACUCAUGUUUAUAGGAGCAGCUACAUUUUUUGCCCUGUAUCAUCUUCCUAAUUGUUUCAAAUCAAGAAAGAAAAAAUUAAACUUGCCUCCUAAAGUUCCCUUUGCUCUCCCAUUUUUUGGACACAGUUUGUAUCUGAUUGUAUGGCCCUGCAAGUUUCUCGAUUGGUGCCAUCAAAAGUAUGGAGAUAUAUAUACACUCAACAUGCUUGGUAAAACCAUUACGAUUGCCGGUGGUAAAUCAGCAGAAGAGUCCAUGGCCGCCGAAUCAUCAGAUAUGUCUUUGGAUCAUGGUGUUUUAAGAGAUAUUCUCCAUUUCGACUAUCUUUUCGAUGAAACCACCAUGUAUAUUGGUGUAUACGUCACUGCGACUGUUGCUAAAUUUUCACUAGCAAACGCAAGGAUGCCAAUGUACGAGGCUGACUUGAGACGUGGAAUGGCCAAUGCGUGUGAAAGAUAUCUCUCAAGUCCCACAACAGUGAUAGAACAUCCUAUGGCUUUUUUCCAGAAUUUUGUUUCUUAUAUGAGUGUUCCUGUUUUGUUGGGUGCCGAGUUUUCUUUGAAUACAGAAGUGAUUGAAUCAUUUGCAAACUGUACAGCGGAUAUCACUCGUAAUGUUGUGUUUUACAUGAUGACACCCAACUCUUUGCACAAAAAGGUGCUACCGUACAUCCAAUCAUCCCAAAAACAUCUUAACUGCAUGAUCAAGCACGUGGCGCCUGCUAUUUACGAACGCCGUGAAAAGAUGCGACUUGGGGAACUUUCCGGUCAAGAACAUGGACUUGUCGAAAACUUUUUACAAGGUGUGAUUGAGUAUGUUCAAACGGAUGAAAAUGGUGUUGAAAGCUAUUGCUCCGCAGAACAAAUUUCUAAAUCAAUCUUAUUGGUUGCCUUUGCUUCUGUUCAUACCACUUCGAUCAACUUGAGCUUUAGUCUUCAUUGGCUCCUUGCUCGCCCAGAUCUUAUGAAAAAAAUGAUGGAUGAAAUUGAACAGGUUAUUCCGGGAGAUACGGAAAUUACAGGAGAGGCACUUAGUAAAAUGAAGUUCUUGAAUAACUUUAUGCGUGAAGUGCUUCGUCAAGGUGCGGACAAGCUUGGUGUCAGUAAAAAAGCCAUGUCGGAUUUUACUUUCUCCAAUGGUUAUCAGAUACCCGAAGGCCGUUUAGUGAAUCAUAAUCUCCGUCAAAUGAAUUUCGGUGAUAAUUCGACUAGAACAAGAGUAAAUGAAAUGGAUCCCGACAUGUCUCGUGACAAAAUUAGUACUGCUCCUGGCAAAAACUUUGCUUCUUUUGGCCUGGGAAAGCAUUUGUGUCCUGGUCGUUUCUUUGCUAUUCAAGAAAUCCAAACGACACUUGUUUAUCUGCUCAAAAACUAUGAAAUCAAAACUGCAAGUGGAAAGCCUCCUGUACCUGUACAACGCACACUUGGAUUUAUAGCUACCAGUCCUGAAGAACCCUUAAUAUUUACACGUAAAAACUAAUCGUGCUCUUUCCUGGCAUAAUACGCUACUACAGAGUGUACAUAACAAGCGAUAAUAAACUAUUAUAAUAAGAACAUUGUGACGGAUAUUCGUAACUGAUAUUUGAAGUGGCAAAUAAACAAUGAGCUGUUUUCUAAA